AUGAAAGCAAAUGAUGGUCUUAUAUUAAUUUAGAAAUCUGCAUCAGAAGAAGAUUGUUUAUUUUGUUAGAAAUAUGGAAGAUUACCAAUCAUAAGGAUUAAUUUCGCCCCGCUUUUGAAUAGAGCACUUUAUACAAAAUAUUCAUCAUCCCAAUGGCGAGGUAAAAAAUUUGAGGAUUUCUUUUCAACUAAGCCAAUUUAAUGGAUUAUUUAAUAUAAAGACAAAUUGGCAUAUGGCGAUCAAGAUGAAUUUUUGAAGAGAUUUUAUCCACAUAGAGAUCAAUCAGGUAAAUUUGAUCAACUCUUAGAAUAUUACAAAUAUCAUAAGGAUAUUCCUAGAAUGUUUUCGCCAAAACUCUCAGAUUUAGCAAUAUACUUUUAUGAAAAAAAGAAACAACUGGAGUAUAGGAAAAUUAAAUUAAUGUUAGGUAUUCCAAUUGAAGAGGAUAGCAAUUGCACUGAAUAUGAGAAAUUAUAGGAAGAUAUUAAGGUGCUCAACAGUAUUACUUUACAAACCCAAGUAUCCAGUCUUUCCUUAUUAAGAGAUAUGUUGAAAUCAAAGGGAAAUGAAGAGAUUGUGAACAUUGAUGCCACUUGGAUGACUAUGGUAAAUAAUCAACAACUUAAAACUUCAUAAUAGCCAUCUAAUCUAAAAUUACUCAAAUAAUUGAUAUCCAAAAAUACUUAAUUUUACAAGGAUAAAUUACAUACAAAUGAUCCUGGAUUUAGUAAAAGAACUGUUUAGAAUUCCCCUUCUUAAAAAUUACAUUUCAAAACACUCUCAAAAGACACUUCCUAAAAGUCAUUACUAUCCUCUAACAAACAAAUAAAUAAUAGCAAUGGAGAUGGUGAAUUUAAGAAGUUCUUGAAAUAGCAAAUGCUUGCAAUCAAUCAUUCCAAUCCUUGUCAUCAUCAUAAUGUGAAGUAACAAGCCAAACCUAUAUUUAUACCUAAUUAUCAAUCACAAUAAAAUAGUAUUCAUCAGAUCAUGAGCACAAGAAGCAUCUCGUCUGAAUAGUUAAAAUUAAUUUAAUCCUAAUAAAUCCUAAAACCUAACCUUUCUAAUAAUAUAAACUAGUAAUCUAAACACAAAAAAAGUUAAACAUAAACUCAUUAUACAGAAAUCAAUUCUCCAAAUAAAUAGACUAAAUAGGCUUCAAAUAACAUACAAAAUAAUAUAGGAAUAGACUUUAAACCACCUUUGAGCCAUACGAAAUCAACAGAUAAAUUGUUUAAAGCUUAUACUUCGUAAUCAUCAAUUCCUUUAUCAGCAAACAUCAAUAUUAACAUUAAUUAGUUAAACAUGAAUAAUCUCAAUAUCAAAUCUUCAUUUUAACAAUAUAAAGCUAUGCUCGAAAGUCCAAAAGUUAAUACCAAGAAAAAGACUUAAUCCAAUGUUGAAACCUUAAGAGUAAACAACAGUGGCACUUCAAAAAGUAAAACUUCUUUAAAAAAAACAUAGCUCUCAGUUUAAUAAUUAUUUGCUUAAAAAAUCAUAUCCAAGAAUAAGAUUUCUUAAAAAUGA